CUUCGCGCAUCAUGUACUAUCGAAAAUAGACCUGAAUCAUCCACUCUCUCCCAUAUAUUGGUCGGCCUGGAGUGUAUAUACGACUCCAUUGGUUACUGAGUAUCUUGGAGGAUACACAAAUCCAACCUAGACCCUUCAUUCCUCUAGAGAGCCACCUGAGCUAUUCGUUGCUUCCCAUCAGCGCCCACUCUUUCGUCAUUCACUGCCACACUCUCUAUCAUGGCAAACAUGGACUCACCCGGUUCGCCUCUUUCCGACCACUCCGACGACGAAUUUGCCGAAGAUAUGAAAAGCGACGAACGGUCCCCCUCCGUCGAGCUGGAGCACGAACCUGACCAGGACGUCGCGCGACCCGCGAAACGACAGAAGACCACCGGCCCAUCGUUCGAAGCCGGGCAGAACUUCGAGAUCGACGAGCUCGAAAUCUCUGAGGACAGCGAUGGGAGCGUCCCUGGAUCUCCCAUGCAUUACGGAGCGGGCGGUUCUGCCUCCGCCGUCGCGCCGGAUCGAGACGACGAUGCAAUCCCGCUGGAGCAAGUCACGAUGUGCAAGUGGGACGGAUGUCCGGCGGGAGAUCUGGGGAACAUGGAUAAUCUGGUCAGACACAUCCAUAAUGAUCAUAUCCAGGCGAAGCAGAAGAAGUAUUCAUGCGAAUGGGCCGAUUGUCCGAGGAAAGGGAUCACGCAUGCUAGUGCGUAUGCGCUUCGAGCGCAUAUGAGGAGUCACACGAGAGAAAAGCCGUUCUACUGCACGCUGCCAGAGUGCGAUCGGGCAUUUACACGGUCAGACGCGUUGGCGAAACAUAUGCGGACGGUCCAUGAGACGGAAUCAUUGCGACCAAGCGACCCUAUCCCAAAGCAGCCACCUACCCACCCGGCGAAACAAGUCCAGCGGAUUCGCUUGUUCAUGAAAGGCUCCAACGGCGCCGACCGCUCAACCCCCGCGUCACCAGCACAUCUCGGCGCCGUCGACGUCGCCGAUGACAACAACAACAUUGUCUACGGUCCCCCUAUCCCUGGGGGUGGUCUCGACUAUUCCAUUGAAUUCCCCAAGGACAUCGAAUUUACUCCCGAAGAGAAGGCGCUCCCUCCACCCGAGCUGUACCGAUUACUGAAGAAGCAGCUGGACUGGGCGAAAGACAUCGGCGAAGGGCUGAAAGAGGACGUGGAUCAGAUGCUGCUGCAGCGCAAGCACGAAUGGGCCGUUAACGACGCGUUGAUGGAUCGGGCCAUGGAGAAGGACCUGGAUUACUGUGAGCACAAGUUGCGGCGGAAAGGGAAGCUGAACGAUCCGAAGAUGCGGGAGAUCCUGAACGGGAUGCGGCGCGAUAUGGGAGAGGAGCCGUUGGUGGAUUCGUCGAGAGCAGAUUCAUUGAGGGCGCAGCUGGAGCUGGCGGAGAGGGACGAGCCAUGAACCCGGAGUCGAUCAGCCCAAUCGGGAUUGGGUUUUCUACAGUGCAGUCGUGGCGGAUUUAUACCGCAUCACGGCGGUCGAAAGGCGACCACCUGUCCGCUACUGAAUUGUUGGGAGGUAUGCUCCUGUGCGAUGCUCGGGGUGCUAAGUUCUUCAUCCGUAAGGCGAUGCAUGGCGGAGUCUCGUGCAACAUUCUCCUUGCUUUACCUGCUGGGAUAUAUGGUCGAAGAUAUUCGAUAUGCGCUCAACAUUCAAGGUUCAACUUCCGAUUUGAUAUGUCAGGCUCUAUGGAAUGUUCCGAUCGUGCGAGGCCAUCAACAGGGAGAAAAAUUGGGGACUGUGCAACAGAUACUGGAAUCUGUACUCCCACAGCGCCCUCGACAAUAUUCCAGAUUCCAGGCUCACUACAGAGUACCAGUAGUCCCUUCCUCGUAUCUAAGGACUUGAAUAGUAUCCAAUCUCACCUACAUUGCCUGAUUA